UGCAGACCAGCGAGGCAGGCCCUGGAGGUGCUUAGCGCGCGGUUUCCAGAUCCAGGAGCUGAUCGGAGGGCAAAAAGCCCGCUUUUCUUCCAGGCUUUCUCUGAGAAUCAUUGCAGCAGCUCUGAGGAUGUUUCUGCUUGGCUCGACAAGGCUGCUAUUCUUGCCGGCUCUUCUGGGCAUGGUCUUUUCAGCUCCUGCUUCACAGAGUAAGGAAAAAGAGCAACCCCAGGAGAUAGUUCUAAGCUUUCCAAAGGAUGAAACUAGCCUGAAUGAAAUGCUCCAGGAAGUCGAGGAGUUGAUGGAGGACACUCAGUACAAGCUGACCAACGCGGUCAAAGAGAUGGAAGCAGAGGAAGAAGGCUCUAAGAAGAUAAUGGGAAUUGAAUUUCAGAAGCUUCCUGCCAAUUACCAUAAUGAAUCCUACACAGAUACAAAAGUUGGAAAUAAAACAAUACAUAGACAUCAAGAAAUUGAUAAGGUAACGGAUAACAAAACUGGAUCUACUAGCUAUUCUGAGACUAUUAUUACAUCGAUACAAGAAGACAGAAAGAGAAAUCAUGAAUGCAUUAUAGAUGAAGACUGUGAAAUUGGAAAAUACUGUGCAUUCUCUGAUCUGGAGUACAACUGUCACAUUUGCAAACCUCAACACGCACACUGUUCUCGGGAUAUGGAGUGUUGUGGGCAACAGCUCUGUGUAUGGGGUGAGUGCAUGCAAGCAGUCUCAAAAGGAGAAAAUGGAACAAUUUGUGAAAAUCAACGUGACUGCAAUCCGGGUUUAUGCUGUGCAUUUACAAAAGAUCUUCUGUUCCCUAUAUGCACCCCCUUCCCCGGUGAGAGAGAACCUUGCCGUAAUCCUUCAGAUGGGCUUCUCAACCUAAUUACUUGGGAGCUAGAACCAGAUGGAGCUCUUGAUCGUUGCCCAUGUGCUCAUGGGUUGAUUUGUCAGAAGCAGAGUUAUAGCAGCGACUCUCUUUGUGAAUUAUCACUGAACAAGACUCAAAGUGAGGACAAAAAACAACUACUAGCGGAUGAAUUAUCACUUCUGGAUUUUGUAACCCAAGAUAUUCCUGAUGAAUAUGAAGAGAGACUGAUCAAAGAAGUGCAGAAAGAACUGGAAGAUGGACUGGCUGAUUCAGGGAAAUUAGCUAUGACUAGUGACUUUUUUGGAGAGGAAAUAUAAGUCCAGCAAGUUAAUUGAUCACACGUGCACUAUUAUUGCUAUUUCCAGAAUUAUCAUACACGUAUGGUAUAACUGCACCUCUCUCUGCUACAUAGAAGUGCAGUUAAGUCCAUUUAAAUAGAUUCAUGAAAAUAGAUUCCUCUUCUAAAGCUCAAGCUAAAUAUAAUGGGUUCUUUUGUAAGUACUGUUUUGAGAUGGUUAAGAAUUAGAGUUGAAUUAAUUUAAGCCGGGUGGUUUGAAUUAUGUAUUUCUUGUAUAUAUUGCUCCUUUUAAAAAAAAAAUCCAGCUAUUUCUUCCUUAUUAAAGCUCACCAACACUGAAGGAUGCUAUGUACUUUGUGACCAGAACCUAUAGGAGCUUGAUAUCUAGUAUAUAUAUAUAGUAUUAACAGGAGAGUCUGUUUUAAUUAGUUAUGUUGAUUACACCGGGUAGAAGUGGUAGUCUGUGAGCUGCACAUCUUAGUUUGGAAUGAACAUUUCCUGAAGGACAAUAUGGCUGAAAUUGGGUGGGUUGUACAGCAAUAGUACAAGUACUGCAAAAAUGUGUUUAUCUAUAAAUAGCAGUUAUGACUUAUAUACCACUUCACAGCCUUCUAAGUGGUUUAGUCAGCAUAUUGCCCCCAACAAUCUGGGUUCUCAUUUUACUGAUCACAGAAGGAUGGAAUGGAGUCAAUAUUGAGCCGGUGAGGGUUGAACCUCUGGCAAUGUAUACCUUUUCCAUAGUACAGCUCCAAUCAGCCUUAGCUAUUAAGCUUCUUCAAACAAGAAAAUGCAAUUAUAGUUUUUUUUUUUUUGGAGUAUCUGAAGAAUAGAACUUUUCUUGAUUUCCUUUUAAAUAACCAUCUUACUAUGGCAUAGAAAUCUUAUUUCCAACCCUUAUAUUUUUAGCAGCAUUAUAGUUAGUUAUAGUUUUAUUGACUUGUAUGCCGCCCACUCCCGAAGGACUCCGGGCGGCUUACAA